AUGGAUACCUGGUCGCUCAGUGCAUUCGCCAGCGGCGCGACAGCGCACCUUCUCCUCUAUCGCCACGGCGAAUGGGAUGUAAAAUCACUCAGACUUGUCCAGAGCUAUGGAUUACUUUUCACCAUUCUAUGCGUGCUCGAGCGCAUGGCCGUGCCGGACCGCGUCUUGGAGGUUGCUAUGCCGACUAAUUGGGCAUUCAAAGCUCUGGGAUCUCAUUUACUGGGCCUUUAUCUCAGCAUGUUAUUUUAUCGCGCAUUUUGGCAUCGUCUGUCAAGUUUUCCUGGCCCGUUUCUUGCCAAGUUGUCCAAUUUCUACGUCACGGGUUUAUCGGCGAGGAAAUUCCAACUCUAUGAUGAAGUGGAGAAACUCCACCAAAAGUAUGGUGACUACAUUCGUCUAGGACCUACUGAGUUGUCAAUCACCGACCCCCUGGCCGUCAAAGCACUCUAUAGUGGAACAGCAAAGGUGAGCAAGGGGCCUUGGUACACAGUCCUGGAACCGAGAGUUUCACUUCAAACGGAACGAAAUAAGAAAGAACACGCACGGAGAAGGAAGGUCUGGGAUCAAGGCUUCAGUUCCAAAGCACUUCGAGAUUACGAACCUCGCGUUGCGCACUAUACGGACCAAUUAAUCGCCGCGAUUGAAAAGUCUUCCAGCAAGCCCAUGAACAUGACAGAUUGGUUCAAUUAUUACAGUUUUGACAUCAUGGGUGAUCUUGCGUUUGGCAAAUCGUUCAAUAUGCUGGUUGAUGGGAAGGAGGCCUACAUUUUGAAGCAAUUGCACACAGAUAUGCAAAGCGUGGGCCUUUUCAGCCAUCUCACAUGGCUGUUCCCGUUCUUCAAGCGGACUCCGGGGUUGAAUGCCGACUACCUUCGAUUCUGGAAAUUUAUUGGCGAGCAAGUCGAUGAUCGAAUUAAGAACACACCAGAUCGCCCGGACGUGUUCUCUUGGAUCCUUGAUGCAUUCCAACGUGGCCCGAAGAAUAAGCAGAAUCAAGCUAAUCUCUAUGGUGAUGCCUACCUGAUUAUCGUCGCUGGAAGUGAUACAACUGCAGCAACAUUGACCAACAUGUUCUUCCAUAUUGCAAGCGAGCCUACAUUGCAGAAAGAGCUCCAGGCGGAACUUGAUGCACUACCGGCGCUGCAACAUGAUAAUUUGGUUGGUGUCAAGUUACUGGAUGCGAUAAUCAAUGAAACUCUGCGUCUGCAUCCGGCUGUACCUUCGGGAACCCAACGCACGACGCCUCCCGAGGGUAUUUCUAUUGGCGAUCGGUAUAUUCCCGGAGACGUGAUUGUUUGUAUUCCAUCACAUACGAUGUUUCGAGAUGACCGCGUCUUCGAGCGGCCUCAGGAAUUCCUGCCUGAGAGGUGGACCACACAGCCAGGGUUGGUUAAAGAUCCGGCUGCCUUUAUUCCUUUUAAUGCCGGGCCGUAUGCUUGCGUCGGGAAACAACUUGCUCUGAUGGAGCUUCGUAGUGUCGCGGCCGAAGUCUUCACGAAAUAUGAUGUGUCUUUUGCUCCGGGACAGACGGAGUCUGCUUUCAUAGAGGCCAAGAAGGAUACUUUUACCUUGGUGACUGGGUCACUCAACCUUAUUUUCACACGGAGGAAGAAUGGCAGCACAGUUUAA